AUGCUGCAGCCAUUUAAGAUCCGGAUGACAAGAGGAUGGCAUCUGCAGACGUUGUGGGGCAAACAGCAAACGCACACAGAUCACCAGAAGACUUUCCCUUGGAAGCACUACCCAGCCGCCGAAGAAAGUGCAUCGACUUUGCAGCAGCUCGUGCCAUGCUUCACAAUGACUUUCAAUCUGACCGUCACGCUGCUGAGUGGCGAGAGGGCAGAUGUUGAAGUUGAUCCUGACCGCACUGUCAUCUUCCUAAGACGGGCGGCAGAGAGUCAGUUGAAGCGGCCCUUGAAGGCCUUGCUAUCUGCACAAGGCCGGCUAAAUGGUCCGAGCAGGAUUUGCGACGCGGGACUUCAAGAUGGUGAUGUCAUCACGGCCAUUGUCCGCGAGCCCGGACCGGUCAUGGAAUCCUAUCGCAAGGCUCGUGCAUUUGCAGCCAUCAAAGAGGAUACUGUCGUCACUUGGGGUGCUUCCGAGUUUGGAGGUGAUUCUCGGUCCGUUCGCAGGCAGCUUACAGAUGUCAUGCAGGUCUACGUCUCAGAGUUCGCUUGUGCUGCAAUCAGGAAUGAUGGUACGGUUGUGUCAUGGGGCUCUGCGAUUGCUGGUGGAGAUAGUCAUGAUGUACGAAACAAGCUGAUUGACGUCAAGGAGAUUGUUGCAGCAAACUCUGCAUUUGCAGCCACUAAGUCUGAUGGCUCAGUGGUUGCUUGGGGUGAUUCGCGAAAUGGCGGCAGUUGUGAAGAAGUGCAGAAGGAACUAUUUGAUGUUCAAAAGAUCUUUGCCUCGAACACCGCUUUCGCUGCAAUCAGAGGAGAUGGCAAAGUGGUGACCUGGGGCGCGAAGAAUGGCGGAGGUGAUAGUCAGGCAGUUCAAAGCCAACUGCUGGAUGUGAAACAGAUCCACUCGACCUCUGUGGCCUUUGCUGCGGUGAGGCAAGAUGGUUCAGUGGUUUCCUGGGGGGCGGUCAGCGGUGGUGGCGACUGUUCAGGUCAGGAGUUGACGGAUGUGGUGCAGAUGCAUUCGACAACACGAGCCUUUGCAGCGUUGCAAGCAGAUGGGAAAGUCGUUACGUGGGGUGCCCCAAGCGCUGGUGGUGACAGCCGUUCUGUUCGUGACAAUCUCCUGGAUGUGGUACAGCUCUGUGCCAGUGAAGCUGCGUUUGCUGCCAUCAAGGCAGACGGAAGUGUCGUAGUUUGGGGGUCAUCUGAUUCCGGUGGAGAUGCCAGUGGCCAUUCUGAAGUGCUGCGCGGUGGAGUGCGUCAGCUUGUGGCCACAGAUUCCGCCUUCGCAGCUAUCAAAGACGACGCAUCCGUGGUGACGUGGGGUGCCAAACGGGCUAUCCACGGCUGCGCAGAACUGAUGGAUGUACAGCAGGUAGUCCCCAACGAAGGCGCUUUUGCCGCCAUCAAAUCAGAUGGAUCUGUGGUGACAUGGGGUGAUCCAGCCUGUGGUGGUGAUAGUUCUGAAGUGCAAGCAGAGCUUGUCAAUGUCCACCGUAUUCACGCCGCCAGUGGAGCGUUUGCCGCAGUUCGGCAUGACGGGAAGGUCAUUUCCUGGGGCGAUCCCAGAGGUGGAGGUAAUAGUAGGGACGUCAGCGAAUAUCUGAAUUCUGAAGGUUUCGCUAGUAGCACCAGUCCAGAUAACAACCCCAAGCAGCAUGGAGUAUCGGAGAAUAUUCAACUGCCAAGUAUCCAAGAGUGAGAAAAGAGGACUGCACGUUGGCUGGUUGAGGAAGUUUGAUCCUCGUUGUUGGAAGAGCAACGGGUCGGCGAAGGGAUGUGGCAGCUUCAAGCCAUAGUCUGAGAUCCUCAAGCGGAACGUAUUUGAAGCACCCAUAGAAUCUGCCUGCGAAGUGGAGACCAUUUCACAAGAUGAUAAAGCUACCCGCUGAGGGACGUGCCGCAGCAUGCAGUCCUUGCUUGCACUUAUUCUUCUUGCGGAUUUUGGCAGCUCUGUCAAGUGGAGUGAGCCGAGAUGUAGAGUGAGAUUUCUGCAUGCCCAAAGGGACUGCAGCUUCGAAUCUGGCAGCCUUGUUUUCACAAAA